CCUCGCGGUUGACUCUAUUGUUUAUUUUCUUUCUUCCUACAAUAGACUUUGCCAAAUUUGUUUCACAAUUAAACUUUCAAGGUAGUAAACACAAUUAACUUUGAUACUUAUGAAUAUAUUUCAAGUAGCACUUUCACAAAUAAUCUUGAUAAUAAAGAUGAUAGCUGAGAAGCAUGAGUACAAGAUCAACAUCCAAAAAUUAAGUUAUCAAAACAUAAUAAUGCACAAAAUGUAUCUCUUCAUAGCAAACCUGAAUUACAACCCCUAAAUGGGAUGCAUCAUCCCAAAAGAAUACGAUAAAUACACAUUAGUUUUGAAAGCUAUGUGACCCCUCAUGUGAAGUGAUACUUACGCAACAUUGAUUGACCAAAGAUAAAAAAAAGACCAACUAGGUCGAGGCCUUCCAGCCAUAUCUUAGUGUGUGUUUUUCCCCGCAUGUUAUUCUUAACAUAUUUUCAAGAACAAAUAUUUGUUAAUGAUUAGGUUUUCAGGGGUUAGACUUCUAGGUUUUAGGUAUUAGGGCUUAAUAAUCACGGGUGCAAGGUGUUAGUAUUUAAAAGGGUUCAGGGUUAGGGUUGAUGGCUUUUGCGUUUUGAGUAUUAUGGUUUCGAGGCUAUGGUUUAGAUGAGGGUUUAAAGUGUUUAUGAUGUUAAGUAUUAUGAUCUGGACUCUGAAGUCUAGAGUUUAGUGUGUUGGUAUUUAGGAUAGGGGAUUGCUAUUCGUCGCCCUAAAAAUCCUUAUUUGUCGCCCUAAUUAAAUUAAUUUUACUAUAAUGCCCUUAAGUUAAUUUAAAACAUACCUCAAAACAAAUUAUAACCGAAAAAGGAAAAAAAAAAAAUCUGUCUCGGCCAGCCUGCGGAACAUUCGGCCGGCAGACUCCUUUUCAACUGGGACACGGAAACAUUGCUGCAUUAUAUCACAAUUAUAAAUAAAGGUGCUUUUCAUGGACAUAACUAGGGAAUUAUUGGGACAUAUCUCCAGCCGCCGCCAGAGAAGUUGGAGAAGAAGAGAGUUGAGGUUAGUAAAUAUCUGUCUAUGCGUUGUAAAAAAAAAAAAUCUGUCUAUGCUUUAGUUUUGGAACUUGUAUCUAGUAUCUGUCUAUGCUUUAGUUUUGGUUCUAAUUCUUGUUGAGUUAAUGCUGCUUUUUUCCUUUGUCGUUUUUAUGCGCUACAGACUAUGUAUAAAGGGAGGAAGAAGAAGAAGAUUGAGUACUAUGCAAUUAAGAGUGUAGAUAAAUCGCAGAAGUAGUAAUAUCUGUCUAUGCUUUAGUUUUGGAACUUGUAUCUAGUAUCUACCUCUGAUUCUAGCUAGCUAGUUAUUUCUGCUGUGCAUCUUGCGCUUAGAGCCUUCGUCUAAUAAACUCCGACAUGUUAUCUAAUUUGAACAAGUUUACCUACAUUUGAGUAUAUGUCGGCAUUCAGAAUGCUAUAGAAUUUUGUCUCGCCUGCUGCACUCACUGUAAUCGUAGCAAAGACUACGCUUAUUGAUGUAUUGCCAUUAGCAUUACUUACUUUUAUUACUCAGUUGAUAAUCUGCAUAUAGAUUUUAUAGUGUCACAUCCGGACAUAAUUUAUAUAAUUUUUGGAUUAAAUUAUCUCUAAUUUGUACUAAUAUUAUUCUUUAUUAGGGAGACAACUUUGUUGAAGUUUGCUACACAAUUGACAACACCCUUGCUAUAAUAAGGUGUUUGGUAUGAGUAAUACGGUAAGUACUUAUUUAAAUAAAGUUUAUAAUAAAUAAAUAAAUUUUAUUUACUAAUGGUGGAUUGGUUUGAACAUUUUUGUAUGUUUUUUGUAGGGUGGUUCUCGAGAUGACGAAGGUGACAAAGUUGAUUACACCCAAUUCUUCAUGAGUGCAGGUUUUUAUGAUACUAAGGACAAAGCUCGGGAAGCAGCAAAGGAGAUAGCAAAAUCCCUCGGCUUUUUCUUGAUAGUGUCCACAAUCAAACGAAAUCCGGGAGAAACGAAUCCGCGGAUAUAUAUGGAUUGCAACCAUGGUUGCAGGAGCAUAACAUAUAUCCCAGAUCCUGAUAAGCCAAGGCGGAAUAAUACGAAGACGGGCAAGUUGGGUUGCAGAUUCAGAGUGGUAGUACGGGCAAUAUUGGUGGAUGGUUCUUUGAAAUGGAGAAUUGAUGGGGUAAAUAAAAUCCCAGCAAUCUCUCGGCUUUUCAGAUUUAGGAAUAAUAAAAUCUGUCCUUUAGUCGAGGGGUAAAUAUGUCUAGUUAGUGCAUUUUAGGGCGAUAAAAUUUGAAUUUUAGGGCGACGAAUAGCAAUUCAGUUAGGGUAUAGAGUUUAAGAAUUUAAAACUUAGGAUUUUAGUGAUAUAGGGUUUAUGGGAUUCGAUUCAAAAGUCUUUGAGUUUUGAAUAUAGUGUUAUUAUUUGAAUCUUGAAAGAUAGUAGAUGCAAACAAUACAUGAAUAAUUUUUCUUAUAAGUGCAAUAAUUCAAAUUUCAUACCCUAAAUUUUAUAUUUUCGCUCUCCAAUGCCGCUAUUAUUAUGUUUAUGCUUCUGACUACAAAGUCAUCAAGGUUGCCAAUUUUAAUCCUGGACAAUUAUCGGUGAUUAAACAGGAUAAAACAAAAAAUACAAUGACUUAACGUUAAUUAGGCGAGGGGAGGUGUGGCCGCCGGACUACGUGGACGCAUUUCCCUCGCACAGUUUCUUGCCCCCGCCCACAACACGAACCGUCACGCUUCUCUCCACCAUUCAAAAAGCUUGCUCUCCAACUCUAAUGGCGACACCACACCAAAUUGUUCACAUUCGGAAGAUCUCCCAGCCGCCGCCGGAACUCCCAUGGCGAUCCUUGUGACCGGCUUAAGGACUCUCUUCUUCGCGCUAUUCUGCUUGUCCUCGGCCACUGUCAUCUACACUGUCUGCACCGAUGGCUCGCCCUUCCGCAAGGAGCUCCUUACCCCGUGGAUGGCUGCCACUUUGGUUGAUUUCUACAUCAACAUUUUUGCGUUGGCGCUUUGGAUUGUCUACAAAGAAGCCAGCUUCGUAUCUUCUGUUGUUUGGAUAAUUCUGCUGGUCUGCUUUGGCAGCAUCACGACUUGCGCCUAUAUCUUUAUUCAGCUUCUCAAGUUGUCACCUCAAGAAACUGCACAGGACCCAAUGUACCAUGUGCUAUUGCGGAAUGAGAACAAGAAUCAGGAGGAACCAAAGGGGAAGCACUCUCCUGUCGUUGCUGGAAGAAUUGUUUUCACUAUUUUGGGCUGUGUGAUGAUAGCCACUCUGAUUUACACCAUUGUGACUGAUGGUUCUCCUUUCCGCUCAGAGCUGUUGACACCGUGGAUGUCGGCUACAUUGAUCGACUUCUAUGUCAACGUGGUAGCUCUCUCGGUCUGGGUUGCCUAUAAGGAAACAAGCUGGUUUAGUGCAUCCAUGUGGAUAGUUCUAUUGAUAUGUUUUGGCAGUGUGACUACUUGUGCCUACAUCGCCGUACAACUGUUUCAACUUAGUUCCCAAGAUCCAGCCUACCUAGUCUUAUUGAGACGCAACAACAGGACAGAAAGCAGGUAUGAGAGGACCUAAGCAGCAACAGACAACUCUGACAUAUACAGUUAGACAUACUUCUGGAGGCCGAACUAGUGUGUGCUAGAAUGAUUAACUUCAUACCAUGUGUACGUAUUUGAAGCACUGUGUUGUGUUAUUGCUGUGCUGAUUCUCAUAAUAACGUGCAAGGACCAUUUCAAAGCGAUCUAGUAAUAUUUGUUGAUCCAACACAUACAGUAGCAUUAAUGCGAGUUGGUGACUUGUAGAUCUAUUAUAUAUAUCUAUAUCUUUAUGCUAAGGAAGAAUCUCGCUCCACUACUUAGAGACUAAAGCAAUCUUGCUCUA